GGGAGGGACCCCGCGGCCGACCUGCGCCCCUCACCCCACCUCCCCGCACCUCCCCGCCGCGCUCCUCCUCCCACCCCCGGCGCUCGGUCCCCGCCUUUCCCGCCGCUUGCCCGCGCCUUGCCGCGUGCGCGCGGCCGGGGCCGACCGUUGGUGAAGCGCGGCUCGCGGCGGGGCGCCCCUCGGACGGCGGCUCCGCUCUCUGGGAGGAGGAGCGAGGCCCCGCGCGGCGGACUGGGGCUGGCGGAAGCGGGAAAGCCUGGUCUGCCGGCGGGCGGGGAGGAGGACGAGGACGAGGAUGUGACUCCGCGGGAAGAUGAAACCGAGCGCUGCGGAGGCCGCCGACAAAGGAGCGCGUCCCCCAGAUGGAAUGCAAGCAAAACCAGAAAAGAUAAGAUCUUCUCUGAAGAAUGUGAAAAAAGACACAGAAAAAACAGAGAAACUUAAAUAUAAGCCACUCACUGGGAAGGUGUUUUACCUCGAUAUUCCAUCAAAUGUGAUUUCUGAAAAAGUAGGAAAGGACCUCAAAGAGCUAGGAGGGAGAGUGGAGAGUUUUCUUAGUAAAGAUAUCAGCUAUCUGGUGUCUAAUAAAAAGGAGGCAAAAUUUGCACCAACUCUUGGUCAGAUUUCUCCUGUUCCUAGCCCAGAAUCUGCACGUAAUGGAGGAAAUAGUUCACCUCAUCCUAGCAACCAAAAAGAUCGACAUGAUGGAAGUUCAUUUAAGAUAGUAGAUACAGUACGUUUGAGCAGAGGAAAAUCCUUAGUUGAAAAAGCAAUCAAAGAACAGGACUUAAUCCCCUCUGGUAGUAUAUUGUCCAAUGCUUUGAGUUGGGGAGUGAAGAUACUUCAUAUUGAUGAUGUUAAGAAUUACAUUGAACAAAAGAAAAAGGAGCUCUACCUAUUCAAGAGAGCAGGCAGUUCUUUUAAAGAUGUGGGAAAACAAGUUACUGCUCCAAAGUCAAGAAGUAAAUUGAAAAAUCCAUUUGUCAAGGUGGAAGAUAGAAGUCGCCACUACCGACCGUUUUAUCUGCAGUUACCCAGUUUUCCAGUUCUGAACUACUGUGUUCCAAAACCGUAUAGUCCAUUUGAAGUGGAUAAGAGGCAUCCUUCUGGUCAAAAGCAAACUCAGUCUAAGCAAAGAUGCAUACAUCCAAAAAUGCAGCCUUCUCCUAUCACUGUGGGUCAGCAUAAGAUAUUUUUUUCCUUUCUGCCACUGGUUUCUUCUUUGUCCUCAUCCUGGAUGCCAUCCAUUCUAAAGAGGGAAGGUGAAGAGGCUAGUGUCAUAGCAAAAGUACACAGAUGUGGAACCUAUCCUGUUGGAACCCAACAAAUGCUGGGAAACAAAAUAAAUAGUGACAAGGACUGUGGAACUUCUGUUCAGCUCCCUCAGAAGGACAAAAAGAAGAGAGGAUAUUGUGAAUGUUGUGGGAAGAAAUAUGAAGAUCUGCAAACUCAUCUUGAAAGUGAACAGCACCAAAAUUUUGCACAAAGCACGCAGUAUCAAGUUGUUGAUGAUAUCAUCUCAAAGUUUGUUUAUGAGUUUGUCGAAUACAAAGAUGAUGCAAAAAAAAUAAAAAGGACAAAAUGUAGUACAGGAUAUUUUUCUCCUAUUAUUGGAAAGAUAACUAGACCAGAUGAGCUGAAAGAACGACUGAAAAAGCAACGCAUUUCAUUGAAAAGCUACUCAUGGAAGGAUACCGCGAUGCGGGCGCUCAAACUGGAUCGCCAGCCUACAGAAGUACAACCAAAUUCUAUGCCAAUACCUACCCCUGUUUCUGGAUCUGUCUGUUCAGUUCUUUAUUGUCAUCUGUCACAACCUUCAGAACUGAAAAGUAAGUUCAUAAAUAAUGAUGAAAAUAUUAAAACUGGUUGCUCCUGUGCUGCAAACUUGAGAGAGACUAUUGUAUCAUCCAUUUUCAUAGAACCACCUCCUCAGAAAGAUGACAAAACAUACACUGAGAACUUGUCUCAAGCUUAUGAGCCAUUCAGUAAAGAAAUACUGGAACCAGAAGUAAAUAAAAAAAAUUUACAGUGUUUUCAGGAAGACGUGUGUACUUUAUAUUCUCAUAUUCGAGUUACAGAUUUUAGUGAAAAAGACAAAAACCUGUUACAGCCAAAACGAAAAUUAAAUAAUGCAGUAGUUCUACCAGCAAAGUGUUUGAAAAAAACAGAUGCCAAUCCUACGUUUGUCAAGAAACAUUGUGAUUUAUGUGAUAAUCAUCAACAGAUGCAGCACAAUGUAGCUCUGGAGGCUGAGGUAUCUGAUACUGCUAUAAACAAAGAACUUAAUGAAUUGGCUGCCAGCACUGCACAUAGUUCACCAUCUGGAAAGCUGCACAGAAAAGUGAAGCUUUACUUGGGAAAAAAUAAGAGGGAAACCCGGAAACAGAAUAUGGAGUUAUGUGUAAAGUAUACAGAUGGACUGUCUGUUCCUGAAGAGAAUUACUGUAGCUCACCAGUGCAGGCCCUACUGGAAUUAUUGCAGGCAAGUGAAAUAAACUCAGAAUUUGGAGGUUUUUCAGGUUACACUGAGAACAAAGGUUCAACUAGCGUAAAAGAUACGUAGGAAGGGCAGAAUGCAAAUGUUAUGUGGUCGCUAUUUUCCUCUUCAUCCUCCUCCCCAUUUGUUGAAUUUUAAUGCUGCUUUAUUUAAUAUAAUGAUUUUCAAAUCAAUUUGCAAAUUUAAGAUUUUAUUCAUGGAAACUUUAAUUGCUGUAUUAUAUGUACAGAUGGUUUGGUUUUCAAGUUUUUUAAUGCAAAAACUUCUGUAUAUGUAAAUAUGAAAAAUAAAACUAAGGUCUGUUUU